GUGGGCAGCCGCUUUUAAGAGAAAAGCUAGAAACAGUGUGUGAAGAACUUGGAACAGUAGCCUUGUUCUGAGGAAGUGGAAAAUCUGUGAACUGUCAUUUCCAAACAAUCAUGAGUGAGAGACAAGGUGCUGGAGCAACAAAUGGAAAAGACAAGACAUCUGGUGAGAAUGAUGAGCAAAAGAAAGUUCCAGAGGACUUUGAUAUAGACAUGGAUGCACCAGAGACAGAGAAAGCUGCAGUGGCGAUACAGUCUCAGUUCAGGAAAUUCCAGAAGAAAAAGGACGGGUCCAAAUCUUAGUCUCUACCUCACAGUUCCCACCAUCACCACUUCCUGGUCUGUCAGGAAAUGAAAAAAUAAAUAAAUCUAGAUGCAUGUACAGAAAUUCCCACUAUUUAAAAGUCCAUCAGCGGGUAUUGAAACAAGUAUGCUUGUUGCGUGACUUCAUCUGUAUGUUUAUCUCCAAUCUCAAUUCUUCUGCAACUCACCAUUUCCCUUGAUGUUCAAAUAAAACGUUAGGAUGAAGUUGC